AGGUUUAUGUGAAUUAUGUAGAUUUAUUUUGGGAGGGGACAAAACGUCCUUAUCUUGGGUCCAGUCACAGAACCUGUGAUGCAAGCAAGUCUUACCUGGCUCACAGAGACGGCUGACCUCAUUUAAUCAGUGCUGCAAAAAAGGGAAGGAUGAAGAUGUGUGCAUUUUUUGGUGUUUUCUUUCUAUGUUUUCUUGCCAAUAAUUUCAGUGUUGCCAGAUUCAUUCCUGAAGGAGUACCCUAUGAUGAACCUCCAGCUGUGCCUUACUGGCCAUAUUCCACCUCAGAUUUCUGGAACUAUGUGGAGUACUUCCGCAGCAUUGGGGCCUACAACCAGAUCAAUGAAAUGGCCAGAACAUUCUUUGCUCAUCAGCACUUGGGAGACACGCUGGGCUAUGAAGUGGCUGCACAGCAUGAACAUUGAAUUGAUUUGAUCAUUGAGUUGAUGUGAUCAUUGAACAUAGAGUUGACUGGUUCACGAAUCAUUUUAGUUUAUAUCAACAGAGUUAUGUAACACUGCAUGAAUUUAUAGCCAUAGAAUGAUACAUUGUACUUUUGUCAUAUCAUUAAAAUGUAUUAUUAGAAACCCAUUUGGGUUUAGUUGAAAUGUUGCUAUUAAUGAGUUGUAUUAAAAGUGGAUUUUCAUAUUUUAAAGCUGCAAUCAAUAAAUUUGUUUGUUAAAAAUUAGGGAAAACACUUAUUAAGCAAGUACAUAAAAAAUAAGAGUUUAAAACUGACUAAUUUCCUUACCCCCAAUUUGUAAUAGUAAGCUUAUAAUAAUGAUUUAGAAUUUAAGCUGUCUACUCUUUUUUUAUUGAAUAGCAAAACAUUUAAAAACGAAAUAACAGCAACACAAUAAUGAUAUAAAUAAGAAGAACUAUUUACACAGGGAUAUUGAAAUCAAAAAUCGUUUUUUAAGCUGUCUACUCGAGAAGGUCUUCACAGGUCAGUUUGACGUCAGUGCGUAAAGUAAAUUGCAAUUUUAUGUUUCAAACAGAGAUGGCGAUAGAGAGGCAAACAUUUAGAUUUAUUAUCAUAUAUUAUACUUUAAUACUACAGAUACAAAU